UCUCUUCUAUACCGCUCUCCCGUCUCCUCUUCUCAAAUUCACCCAGCCGGCCAACCCCACGCCACCAGCCACCACCGCACGUCCGCACCAGCCACCGUCGCACGUCCGCACCAGCCACCGUACUCCUCACCUCCGACGCAGUCUCCGACGCAAAGCAUUGACACGCGAUCGCGCCUCCUCCCCUCGCCGCCUCCGACGCAUCGCCGGCUCGACAUCCCGCUGCCCCCGCCGACUCUAAUUGGGUUGAAUCUGCUUGAAACGAACGCCGUUGGGUGCAGGUCGGAGAUGAAGGUGAUAGAGAAGAUCCAGGAGGCGGCGGCCGCCAACGACGGCCGGGUUGUGUUCUCCUUCGAGUUCUUCCCGCCCAAGACGGAGGACGGCGUCGACAACCUGUUCGAGAGGAUGGAGCGGAUGGUGGCGCACAACCCCACCUUCUGCGACAUCACAUGGGGAGCCGGCGGGUCUACGGCGGAUCUGACGCUAGAGAUCGCCAAUCGCAUGCAAAACAUGGUGUGCGUUGAGACCAUGAUGCACCUCACCUGCACCAACAUGCCAGUCGAGAAUAUCGACCAAGCCCUCACCACCAUCAAGUCCAACGGCAUCCAGAACGUCCUCGCCCUCCGGGGGGACCCGCCUCGCGGACAGGACAAGUUCGUCCAGGUCGAAGGGGGGUUCGCGUGCGCCCUUGACCUGGUUAAGCAUAUUCGGGCUGAGUACGGGGACUACUUUGGGAUUACUGUUGCCGGUUAUCCAGAGGCACAUCCUGAUGUUAUUCAGGAUGGAGUGGCCCCGCCAGAGGCAUAUCAGAAUGACCUUGCUUAUCUUAAGAGAAAGGUUGAUGCUGGAGCCGAUCUCAUUGUUACUCAACUAUUCUUCGAUACUGACAUCUUCCUAAAAUUUGUCAAUGACUGCCGUCAAAUUGGAAUCACCUGUCCCAUUGUACCUGGUAUCUUGCCUAUUAAAGAUUAUCAGGGGUUCCUCCGCAUGACCGGAUUGUGCAAAACUAAGAUUCCACCUGAGAUUAUGGCUGCCUUGGAACCAAUCAAGGACAACGGAGAAGCUGUCAGGGCCUAUGGGAUUCACCUGGGGACAGAAAUGUGCAAGAAGAUUAUUGCUAAUGGGAUUAGAACUCUACAUCUGUACACUUUAAACACGGAGAAAUCUGCACUGGCAAUAUUGAUGCGGGAAGUAAUUGGGUUGAAUUUGCUUGAAACGAACGCCGUUGGGUGCAGGUCGGAGAUGAAGGUGAUAGAUAAGAUCCAGGAGGCGGCGGCCACCAACGACGGCCGGGUGGUGUUCUCCUUCGAGUUCUUCCCGCCCAAGACGGAGGACGGCGUCGACAACCUGUUCGAGAGGAUGGAGCGGAUGGUGGCGCACAACCCCACCUUCUGCGACAUCACAUGGGGAGCCGGCGGGUCUACGGCGGAUCUGACUCUGGAGAUCGCCAACCGCAUGCAAAACAUGGUGUGCGUCGAGACCAUGAUGCACCUCACCUGCACCAACAUGCCCGUCGAGAAGAUCGACCACGCCCUCACCACCAUCAAGUCCAACGGCAUCCAGAACGUCCUCGCCCUCCGGGGGGACCCGCCGCACGGCCAGGACAAGUUCGUCCAGGUCGAAGGGGGGUUCGCGUGCGCCCUUGACCUGGUUAAGCAUAUUAGGGCUCAGUACGGGGACUACUUUGGGAUUACUGUUGCCGGAUAUCCAGAGGCACAUCCUGAUGUUAUUCAGGAUGGAGUGGCCCCACCAGAGGCAUAUCAGAGUGACCUUGCUUAUCUUAAGAGGAAGGUUGAUGCUGGAGCCGAUCUCAUUGUUACUCAACUCUUCUACGACACUGACAUCUUCCUAAAAUUUGUCAAUGACUGUCGUCAAAUUGGAAUCACCUGUCCCAUUAUUCCACCCGAGAUUAUGGCUGCCUUGGAACCAAUCAAGGACAACGAAGAAGCGGUCAGGGCCUAUGGGAUUCACCUAGGGACAGAAAUGUGCAAGAAGAUUAUUGCUAGUGGGAUCAGAACUCUACAUCUGUACACGUUAAACAUGGAGAAAUCUGCACUGGCAAUAUUGAUGAACCUUGGGCUUAUUGAGGAGUCCAAAAUUUCAAGGUCUUUGCCAUGGAGACGCCCAGCAAAUGUUUUCCGGGUGAAAGAAGACGUUCGUCCGAUAUUCUGGGCUAAUCGUCCCAAAAGCUACAUCUCACGAACUGUUGGUUGGGACCAGUAUCCACAAGGCCAAUCUAUUUUCUAUCGGGUUGUAUCUGCUGUUUUCCCAGGCUACUUCUUUGAUGUCGGAGACUUUGAUGUUCUCAUAUCGCUACUUCUCUUACGCUUCAUGAGGCCACGUGCACGUGAUAAGAAACUUCGUGAAGAAUGGGCUGUUCCUUUAAACAAUGUUGAAGACAUUUACGAGAAUUUUAUGAAGUUCUGCCUUGGGAAACUCAAAAGCAGUCCGUGGUCUGACCUAGACGGGCUUCAGCCAGAAACCAAAAUCAUCAAUGAACUGCUUGGUAGCAUUAAUUUGAAGGGUUUUCUCUCUAUCAACAGCCAACCAGCUGUUAACGGAGCUCAGUCUGAUUCCCCAUCUGUUGGAUGGGGUGGGCCAGGGGGUUAUGUGUACCAGAAGGCUUACGUAGAGUUCUUCUGCUCUCUCGAGAAGCUGAAUGCUCUGGUAGAGAAAUGCAAAAACUUCCCUUAUCUAACUUACAUGGCCGUGAAUAAACAAGGAAGUUGGAUAUCUAACUUGAACAAGACUGAUGUGAAUGCCGUGACUUGGGGAGUUUUCCCUGCAAAAGAGAUUAUUCAACCUACUGUUGUCGAUCCCGAGAGCUUUCUCGUAUGGAAGGACGAAGCUUUCGAGAUAUGGUCAAGGGGAUGGGCAAAGCUCUACCCUGAAACAGAUCCAUCCAGAAAAUUACUCGAGCAGGUGGAGAGCAGCUAUUAUUUGGUUAGCUUGGUUGAUAAUGACUACAUUCAUGGAGAUCUGUUUGCUGUUUUUAAGGACAUUUGAGUUGUACGUUUCAAGAAUUAGCGUUUUCCAUUUAUUGCCGUUGGCUAUCGGUAAGCAAUUCAUUUCACUAUAUGCAAUCGGUUUACUUCCAUGUAAUAUUCAUUUGUGGAUUUCCGAGUUCUCGAUAUAUGAUGUAAUUUUAGCAUGAAUUUCUGAUUGUAUUCUUAAAAGUUACGUGCCAUGGCCCAUGGCAGCGAGUGUAGUCACAGUGGCUCAUCAAGUUGGUCCAGCUCCAUUGGAAGUUAAAAUAAAAGUUCUUCUCUUUGGGUAUUUCUUGACUUUUUUUUUUUUUCCUCAAAACUNCAAAACUGCAGAUGCUUUAUCAUAUAACUAACAUAAUAUACAGAGUUCAAGUUGCACCAACUAAUCUAAAUACACACAGCAUUGGUUCUAG